UAUAAUAGUAUAUAAUAACAUUUAGUUCAUAUACCAUUUAAAAAUGUAUUAUUAGAAAACUAUGGAAUUUUAGUAAGUCAUUUAAAAUAUUAAUGACAAAUCAAAUUUUAAUUAUAAUUUUUUUAAUUAUAACAAAAUCUGUUAAGUAAAGUUUAGAAAAUAUUACCAAAAAUUCAAAUAUUUUUUUAUAAAAUAAUGUAUUAAUGUAGUAACAAAAAAAAUUCAAAAUUCAUGUAAUCUUCCAAACUCAAAAAUAGUAGUGUAAUUUUUUAAAGUUUUUUUUGACAAAAUAUAAAAUUUUGAAAAUAAAAUCAUAGAUGAUAAAGAACAACUUUUUGAAAUGCACCAUGAAAAAAUAAACUAUAUAUGUUGUAAAAAUUAAAGCAAUAUAAUAUUUUGAAAUCUUAAUUAAAAAAUAAACUUAAUAUCAUGAUAUCCAAAAAAAUAUCUUAAAAUAAAAUUUACUAAAAUAAUAUGAUAGAUUCUAUUGUGUAUAAAAUUUACUAAAAUAGUAGUGCUAUAUUAUUUAAACAAAACAAUGUUUUUACUUGUAAUUCCCGUAAAAUACUAAAAUAAUAUACAUAAUAUAUAUCCACCGUAAUGGAUCUUGACCUUGAUUUAUAGUUGGUUGAUCAUUACAUAUAUUAACAAAACAAAACGAACAAAUGAACAAACAUCAAACCAUAGUGAGAUUUUUUAUCUUCUAAGCAGAAUUUGAUCCGGUUUAUGUUUUCCUUUUUAGCACGAGGUCAAACUUUCUAAUAUGGUCGUAAAGGGAGUUCAGUAAUUUGCUUUUAUAUAAAGACCAUAUUUUCACCAAAAAUCCAGGCGAAAUUGAUGAUUUUCACUAUUAAUCAUUAACGCAAUCUAAUAUUUUAAUGCAUACUAGAGCUAGACCCGCCCGAUCGGGUGUUUUCUUUUGUUUACUUAAUGUAAUUAAUUUUUUUUGCACCAUUAUAUAAGCUAGAAAAAUUAUAAUAAAAUGAUGACAAAAAUAUUGCACAUAAUAAAAAUAUUUCUGUAACAUAAUUUCCCUAAUAGUUGUUGCUUUAAAAAAAAAGAAGAAAAUGUGCAUUUGAUUACACUAUGACAACAAUAUUGAGUCAAUUCAUAAAUAUAUGUGAGCUCAACUUUUGAAAAAAAAAAACAAAUCGACGUGGUUUCCUUAUUUGUAGGUUGUGAAGUUAUUUUAGGAAAUGUGGAAAAGACAAACUAUUUUAUGGUGAAACUAAUUAAAUUCUCAGUGGCAUAUGACUGUAAAUAAAUUGGAAAACUAAAGGUUAAUUAUUUUAUAAGUGUAUUUUAUAAUUAUUUUAUUUUAGUUUUAAUAAAGUAGAUGUGAUUCGUCAAAUCAAAUAUGUCUCCCGCGUAACGCUAGGUUUAUGAACAACUCAUGUGUCAAUAAUCUUGGCUUGUGGACGGAGACCAACCUCCAUGAUAUCAUCGCAAUAUCGAAAUUUAAAUAAUAAAACAAAUCAAAAGCAUAAACUCGUGGCAAAUAUUAAAAUAUAUUAGCCUAACAUUGCAUAAGUACACAAAGCUAGCAUGACUUAAACUUGCAGACCAACUCUUCCAGCUAAAAUAAUUUUGACAAUCAAACCACAAACAAAGAAAACAAAAAUGAGUACAACCGAAAACUAUUUUGUUUUGGAUCCGCGAGGAGCCACCUUCUCGGAUCUAAUACGUCUUCUCUUCUCCUCAGAUCUCAGAAAUAGAAGGUUCAUACACUCUUCUGAAGAUAGGCUUGAAGAUAAUGAUCCUUGCAAGUUCCGGAGAAGAUGGAUCAUCUUUGUAUCCAUCGUGAUUCAAAAACUCAUGAUUCUCCUAAGGAAACCUCUCUACUUUUUCGGAUUCUCUCUUGGUUUUUGGUUCAACCUUCUUUAUAUCAAUGGUGGCUUCUUCAUGAUUCUCCCAAAUCUUUUCAAAGGAAAGAUUAUUUGGCCAGAAGAAACAUCGUCGACAUUUGCAUCUCUAAACGGAAACCUAGACGGGCGAGUAGAGUUAGACGGGAGAAUAGAGAGAGGAAGUAAAAGAUACAAAGCAAUGCUGUCAAUCAUGGCUUCUAAGCUUUCUUACGAGAACAUUAACUUUGUCAGCUCUGUCCUUCACAACCAUUGGAAGAUGGACCUAUUGGGGUUCUACAGCUGUUGGAAUGGUUACCAGGAACAGAGGUCAACGGAGGUGCUUGUCAUAAAGGAUGCAAGCACAGAUCCAAACCUCAUCGUUGUCAGUUUCAGAGGGACCGAUCCCUUCGACGCGUACGAUUGGUGUACCGAUUUGGAUCUCUCAUGGUACGAAAUUAAGAAUGUGGGAAAGAUCCAUGGAGGAUUCAUGAAAGCUUUAGGACUUCAAAAAGAAGGAGGAUGGCCUAAAGAAGUGAACGUUGAUCAAACCCAAAAAGAAACAACUCAAUAUGCAUACUAUACUAUUAAGAGUCACUUAAUAGAGAUUCUCAAUCAAAAUCCGAAAUCCAAAUUUAUGCUGACCGGACAUAGCCUUGGUGGAGCCCUUGCAGUCCUGUUUACGGGAGUGUUGAUGAUGCAUAAGGAAGAGCAAAUGCUAGACAAGCUCGAAGGAGUUUACACGUUUGGGCAGCCACGUGUAGGAGACGAGGAGUUUGGAAAGUUCAUGAAAGAUUCGCUGAAGAAGUAUGAGGUCAAUUACGAAAGAUACGUUUACUGCAACGACAUGGUUCCUCGGCUACCUUUUGACGACAAGACACUUAUGUUCAAACACUUUGGGGCAUGCCGUUACUAUGACAGUUUCUACAGAGGGAAGAUAGAAGAAGAGGAGCCAAACAAAAACUACUUCAAUAUCUUAUGGGCCAUACCGAAGGUUAUGAAUUCAGUGUGGGAGAUGAUUAGGAGUUUCAUCAUACCUUAUUGGAAAGGUGAAGAAUACAGAGAAGGAUGGUUCUUGAAGUGUUAUAGGGUUCUCGGAUUGUUAAUUCCGGGAAUACCUGCUCACGCUCCUAAUGAAUACGUCAAUGUCACACUUUUGGGAAACUUAUUUGACUCGCACCAUGACUAGAAUUUGGUGUGCAUCGUUUCCAAAUUCUUUGUAUAAUUACUUUUCGUUCAACUUUGAAUAAAUAUAUGAAGAUAAUGAAGGAGUAAUAAAAUGGAUAUAAACGUA